UUUUUUUGGUCUACGAUGUUUGAAGAGAAUGUAAAAAUGUAACAUUUUUUGAUGAAUAUUUGACCAUUUUAGUCAAAAUUUUUCAUUAGAAAUUAAACACACUUUGCAAAAGGCUCCAACAAAGUCUGACAUUGUUUGUAGCAACCCUUGUAUUCGGUAAUUUAACAAGUGAUGCAUUUAUUUUACUUCAAUAACUAACAAUUAGAAAAUAAAAUAGACUCUAAUGGCAAACUAAUACUGCAUCUUGCAUUCGCACGUUGAUGUGUGUACGCGUAAAAUUUCUGUUGAUAAUAAUCGCAGCGUCAUGAAUGUGGAUUCAAAAAUUAAAUGUUAUUUUCACAGGUGCGUUUUUGUGUGCACGAUGAUGUAUGUACGUAUUAAAAAAAAGAAAAUUUCCAUGUGGUGGGGCCGUUUUUGUGUGCACGAUGAUGUAUGUACAUACCUACAUAUAUUAAAAAAAAAAGAUAAUUUCCAUGUGUUGGGGCCUUAAGACUUAGAUGUCUGUUAUCUUAUCUGCAUCUAAUUUUCUGCAUAAAACAUUUUAUUUAAGCAACAGUCGUGAAGAGUUGUUGUUGUUAACAUGGAUGUUGAUAUUUACAGUUUUAGCAUCCUUUUGUUUCUAGCAGUUAGUUUAAUAGUCUGGCGCUUACUUUAUUGGGUUUGCCCUAGUCCAUGGGACUAUCAGAGUGAUGCAAGAGAUUUACUUGAAGUAUCAGCUAAUCAACAGGAGGACAUUUACAACAUAAGCAGUCGCGUGCAAGGACAAGAACAAGGACAAUGGCCAACACAUGAUAAUCAUGUCUCUUUAGACCAUUUCACGAUAACAAACGAAAUAAACAAGUACAACGAUGAUCCUCCUACGUAUGAGGAAGCAAUGAGAAUUGCUGCGUCCAAUAACAACAAUACUGUAGUAGCUGCUGUACCAAAGACGAAUGUUACUCCCACUAGUACUAGUACUAGUACCGCGAACCAAUAGAAACUAAGUUUUGACUCAAUCUGUAUAUAUUGUAUAUUUUCAUUCGAAAAUCUUGUGAUAGGUGUGUGAGAUUGUGAAUGUACUCGUUUCUGAUAUGUGAGGAUUUAUUUUUAAGUGUAUGAGAAAAUCUCAGAAGAUUUUUUUUAAUAUAGUAUUAUAACGUAUUUAAAAUUGAA